CAAAGCCACCUAUGCUCUUGGGUGCCCUCCUUGAAUUCGGCUCAUUUCUCUGUUAACGGGGGGAGCGUGUGAACGCUUCUGUGCGUCACAUCUAGGAGCUGAGAUUUUUUUUUUAGUGUUUGUGCUUUUGUUGUGCUAGCGGUUAACAAGAAAUGACCAUGGAAGGAAGAGGAAGACGAACGGGGGCGCCCAGAGCAAGAACUGUGAUCUUCGCCAUGUUGAUGUUGACGUCUGUCACCGCGUCAUUGGCAGUGAAUGUCGAGCCUCGGGCUAAUUAUAAUGGAUGGCGCAUCAUCGAAGUGCUGCUCGACAGAGAUGGCGGUGAUGACAACGCUGCCGUCGACAUUUUGAAGAAACUGGAAGAAAUGGAGGCGCCUGCUUAUCUAGAAAUCCUCAGGACGCGGAGAGACAAAGGCGUAGCGGAAGUAGCAGCAUCGCCCGAGGCCUUAGAAGAGCUCAGAAAAAAGCACAAAGAAAACACUUUAAGAUUUUCAACAACCUUCCAGGACCUUGGAAAGAAACUUGAAAUGGAGCUGCCUUCCCUGCGAGCCCAAGCUCUACCGGAUGGUGAAGUCACUUUUGAUCGUUACAUGGACGUCGAUGAGAUACUAGCCUACAUAGAGGAUCUGCCCAACAAGUAUCCGGAUCUUGUGAAUCUGAAGAAAAUUGGCACCAGCAUUGAAAACAGACCCAUUUACCUCGUCACCAUGACAAGAAACAUUAGGACGAAUGGCAACAAGCCCAUUAUCUUCAUCGAUGGGGGCAUCCACGCCCGCGAAUGGAUCAGCCCCGCUGCUGCCAUGUACCUGAUUGAGAGGCUGUCAGAGUCACCUAACCUGACCAGAGGCAUCGAGUGGCAGAUUAUGCCUCUACUCAAUCCUGACGGAUAUGCUUACACUUGGACGCACGAUCGAUUGUGGCGAAAAAAUAGAGCCCAAAUAACCCGGUCUUGCUCAGGGACUGACCUCAACAGGAAUUUCGGAUACCACUGGGGAGAAUCCGGAUCGAGCAAUUCUCCCUGUUCGUCCAUCUACAAGGGGAGGCAGCCAUUCAGCGAACCGGAGAGCAGAGCUCUGAGAGAAGCCAUGGUUGCCGUGAAGGAUCGCAUACACGCUUACAUAACUAUACAUUCUUACGGACAAUAUAUCCUCUACCCUUGGGGAUACACCACAGUUCGGGACAGAUUCAACGAACCACAAUUGCAAAAAAGUGGCGAAGGCAUGGCUCGAGCAAUCAAGAACAACGACGGGACGAUCUUCAGCGUUGGAACAGCUGCCAAACUUUUGUAUCCGGCGGCAGGAGCCUCUGACGAUUGGGCUGCCGGUGAACUGAAGAUUCCUUUAGUCUACACCCUCGAAUUGAGGGACGAAGGCGUUGGCGGCUUUAUUUUGCCUGAAAACCUAAUCAUCCCAGCAGUAACAGACGCCUGGUUGGCUCUCAACUAUUUGAGCAAAGAGACACUGAGAAAAGAGGGAGUGAAACUAGACUCAACAAGGAAGCCACAUUUGCCAAAGAACACACAACCUCAAACAACACAAGAUUCAACCGAGGAGAAACCAGAAGAAUCAGUAGAGUCUACGACUGAGGGUCAAUCCGAAGAAUCAAAAUUUGUGGAGACGAUCGGACAGCUGCCAGCGGAACCAGGCGAAUCUGGAAGCAGCUUCCAAAUUAUACCUGUUAAUCGAGUACCUUUGUCGCCGACUGGGUCUGCUUCCGUCGCCACAGAGUCAGGCGAAUCUGGAAGCAGCUUCCAAAUUAUCCCUGUUAAUCGAGUACCUUUGUCGCCGACUGGAUCUGCUUCCGUCGCUGCAACUGCGUUAACAAGACCAGCGCAAACGCCCCUCAUCAGACCAGUUCACAGAAAACGUUACCGGAGCAGUGAAGAGGGCAGUAGCUCUGAAGAAAGCAGCGAAGAGAGUGACGAAGAUAAAAAGUAAAACUUGCGUUCGGUCCUGCGAAGUUUUCGUUUAAGAUGGCCAAUGAAUGCACUUACUUUUUGAAUUUUCGUAUAACUUGGCACUGGAGAUGUGGAAACAGCAUGACGAUGUGAAAAAAUUAUUUAUGUUAGUUUAAAAUGCUGUACUACGUGAAUGAUUCAUUAUUAUAUGGCAAGAGUACUUUGCAUUAGAUUUCUUCCCAACAUAACUGAAAUAUAUAUAUUUUAUUCGA